AACACUGUGCAAAGCCUAUUUUGAAACGAUUUCAGCCGUUUGCAGCAGUUUGCAGGGUCGAUCGUAGAGGCGGUAGAGGUGUGCUUUCUACGGAUAAAAUGAGACCCUGUACCGAUGGCCAGAAACGAAGAAAAACAAUGGGCAAGGCUGAAUAGGCUCCACCUCGAGAAAGAAAAGCAAGAGUACGCGAAUGCUCAUCCGAAGAGACCCAGACUUGAAUCGCUGAAUACCGUAGCCGAGAUCAGGACCUGGCUGCCGGAUGUUAAGAGGGAGAUUGACUUUUGUCUCAAGCAAGCUCAGGUUACUUGCUACUCGGAGCAAAAGGUUGCCGAGUACCUCGACCGGGUGGAAAAGCUAAAAGGCUGUUACAAGGCUUUCUGCGGGAAGCUACGUCGCUUGGACCCGAGUUUUGCAGACGUGCCUUGGACGGAGGCGGGCUACAAGAGAACCUCAUCGGACUCUGGCCAAGUCCCCGACGCCGAAAUCUCGGCAGGAACCAGCCAAAAAGGGGAGGUCCCAUUUCGUCGCAUUCCGACACCUCUCUUGGACUCGGAGCCCAAACCCAAUUCACCACUCAAAGGCGACAGUCCAACAUUCCCGGAGCUGCCCUUGCAAGAUCAGCCGCUGCAAUUCGUCGAGAAAGAAAAGAAUGUCGCGCCAUCCGAGCUGGACAGAGAAUCUAAGCCAAGGUUGGGAUCGAAACGUCGCCACCCUCUAGGCCUCGAGUACAGCUCCUCGUCCAGCAACGAAGAUGACUAGCGAAAUCGACGAGUCCGAGCGUCCUCAAACGCUCAGGGUUGGCCUCAAGACGUCGGCGUUCUACGGCGCAAGCCCGAAAGGCAGCCCCAUCGUCGAAAAGGUCAAGCGGAGGGUGUCUAAACUCCAGAAACCGCCCUGCCUCGUCCAGUUCAGGGGGGGCCUCUUGGGGCCGACGGUCGUCUGGAAGGUCUUUCCAGUCCAGUCGCAAGCUCUGUCCUUUGUACGCAAGAUGCCCGAAGACGUACGCGUCUUCUCGUUCGAGCUCAGGGACCGAGACGCGAGCGGCAAGCGCGGUUUUCUCGUCACCCACCCGCUCCACCUCUGGAAGGUGCUCCAGAUGCGAAGGCCCUCCGACCGCUGCAUGUACGAGGUCAUCGCUGAGGACGCUCCCUGCAAGCUCUACUUCGACCUCGAGUUUGAGACAGAACCGAACCCAAGCAGAGACGGCGCCGCAAUGGUGAGGGAACUAAUCCGUGUCGUCUGCCGCGAGUGGAAGGUGGUCUUCGGCAGCGACUGCCGACCCAAGGACGUGCUCUGGCUGGACUCGAGCACAGAAAAGAAGUUCAGCAGCCACCUCAUCUUCCAACGAACACGGCUCUUCUGCAAUAAUCGAGAGGCAGGGGCCUUCGUUCGGCUCGUUUGCGGAAAGAUGAGAAGCGGCGCUUGUCUCAAAGCGCCACAGUCCCACGAAAGUCCGUUUGUGACAAGCCGGCACGGAGGGGCGGCGCUUUUCGUCGACGAAGGGGUGUACACAAGGAACCGCAACUUCAGGCUGUUCCAGUGCACCAAGCUGAGGAAGAACACACCGUUGGUCGUCUCCGAGAACGACGAGUAUGUCCGGUCGUUGGGCGCCGACUGCGAAGAACAGGAUGUCUUCUUGGACAGCCUCGUGACGUGGUGUGUUGGAACGGACGAACCGGAUCAGCUGCUUCAGUUCACGAGACCGCAGGACGACACUCGUUGGGAUUCAGGCACAAAGGCUCAAGAGAUACCGCUCAGAAGCAUGAGCUCGCCGUAUCCGGAGCUGGAUGACUUUGUGAAAGGUCUGGUGGUGCCCCGCGGAUCGAUUCGCCACGUCACCUUCUUUCCCGACACAGACACCUUGGUCUACGACUUGGCGGGGUACCGUUUCUGCGAGAACAUUGGUAGGGAGCAUCGCAGCAACGGCGUCAUGUUUGUGGCAGACGUCCAGGCGGGAACAUACUAUCAAAAGUGUUACGAUCCGGACUGUCGCGCCAUUUCGUUCCGUUCGACGCCGCGCCCGAUUCCGGAACGUUGCCUACCGUCGUACUGGCUCAACAUGGUACCCGAUGAACUGCUCCGUGGCGACGCAGCAUCAUAACUUUCAUCUCAAUUGUUCUAUACUUCAUUUCGCCUUCAGUCCGGAUGACACCGACACUACAAGCUGGUGGGACCUAUCAUACAACGUCAUAACUGCACCAACGUGGUGUUCACUAUGUUUCUAUGUGUGCUAUCAUCGCUGAACCAUUCUUAUACAGGGAAGGCCCAAUUACUUAUGCCUUUGACACUGUUUGAUUGGUCCCACUAGCUGGUAGCGUCGGCUACGUCCGGAUUCAAGCUGAAAGGAAGUAUACUUGGUGGAAACAUUCAUACCAGUGUUUGAGAUUGGACUGUCUUUGAAUGUUGGACUUACCUGGGGUGUUUGAAGGCGCGCUGCAGUUGUAACGUCAUGAGGUUGGCUGUGCAAAUCGACGGUGUCUGUGUUGUAAGAUUUAUUCCAUUUAACAGCCGACACGUUAUAAUUCGUACAGUAAAAUACCAUCAAACUACGUUUGCCAACAUCAAAA